AUGGAAUCGUUAACCGCUCAAUUGGAAACGGCCUUCGACUCAAAACCGGCAAACGAGAUCCGAAAUGUUUGUCUCAUCGCCCACGUUGACCAUGGGAAAACGACAUUUGCUGACUCGCUAGUAACGACAAAUUCCAUCAUUUCAACUCGGCUGGCGGGGAAACUACGGUAUAUGGAUAGUCGACCAGAUGAACAGGAACGAGGGAUCACUAUGAAAGCUUCCGGAGUGUCAUUAUUGUAUGGCCCUCUUCUGGUAAAUCUAAUUGAUUCGCCCGGUCAUGUCGACUUUUCGUCGGAAGUGUCUUCGGCAUUGUUGUUAUCGGAUAUUGCGCUACUUUUAGUGGAUGUGGUGGAAGGCGUCUGCUCGCAAACGCACAGUCUCAUGAGACAAGCCAUCCAAAAUGGUCAAUCUAUUAUCUUGGUGCUAAACAAAAUGGAUAGAUUAAAGAUCGAUUUGAAAAUGGAACCGGCGGAGGCUUACCAGCAUAUUGUUCGCCUGUUGGAGGCUGUCAAUUCAUCGCUCAGCCAAUUUGUUUCCUACCUGGCAUUAGAAGAAGAUACGUGGGAUGAUCUUGAGGCACUCGAGCAGAAAGUUCAUUUCGACCCACAAAGGGGAAAUGUUCUGUUCGCCUCCGCCAUCUAUGGUUAUGCUUUUGGCGUCGACGAAUUUGCCGACAUCUGGGCUCCAAAAUUGAAGUUGGAUAAAGUCGAGUUGGCGAAGCAUUUAUUUGGCGAUUUUUGGAUUGGAGGUGGGAAGAUACAGACGGAUGCCGCGCAUCGAGGCAAGAAGACGCUCUUCGAACAGUUGGUGCUCGAGCCGCUGUGGUCAUUGCAUGAUUGCGCUCUGAUUCAAGGGGAUCUGGAUAAGAUGAUUACACUUGCUGGCAAGUUAGGAUUGACCGUAAAAACAAAACGCCUUCCGGAUGCGUUUAACGAAUUGAUGCGCACCUGGCUGCCACUUCCAUCAGCAUGCUUCCGAGCAUGUGCUCGCGGAACGUCUGCAUUGAAUGCUUUCAAAGAUCCACAUCGAAUUGAUGCAUUGAGCGCCCCUGCCCAUCCACUCCAUAAUGCCAUCCGUGAUUGCCAAGCAUCUGGACCUACCAUUGCUUUCGCCGCCAAAUUUAUUCGCCAAGAAAACCAAUCCUAUACGAUUUUGAGGGUGCUCAGCGGAAAAAUUUCUAAGGGCGAUGAGCUCUUCGUAUCUACACGAAAAAUGCGGGCAACGGGUGAUGAAGCUCUCCAAACUACCAUUGAGGAGGUCUACUUUCUGCGCGGUCGUGAGAUGGUUCGGACGAAGACCGCUGUAGCUGGCACGAUUUGUGCCGUUCGGGCGUCAAAUUUGGUUCAAAACGUGACGUUGAGCUCGAUUGCUGUGGAUGAAGGGCUGCGAAUCGGAUUCGAAAUGGGAGAACCGCUUGUUAGGGUGAGCAUCACCUCGAAGGAGCUCGAACAGAUCAACGAGUUGAAAGAAGCGCUACGAACUCUGGUGCUGCUCGAUCCGUCGCUAAGGGUCCUUGAGCAAGAGAAUGGAGAAUUGGCGAUGAUCACCGCCGGGGAGAUGCACUUGCAAAAAUGCCUGAAAGAUUUGGAGGAUAUGGGUUUCAUUGGUUUGGAGGUUUCGGAGCCGAUCGUCCCCUUCCAAGAAACUGUCAUCCCCGACCCGACGUUGACAGCCACGGAAAUCGCGAGUCAAGUUGCGGAAUGCCGUCUGCGUGAUGAAGCACUAUACCUCAAAAUUCGUGUGGCACCUCUAUCGGCAGAACUUUUGGCCAUGCUCGAGCGGUCGGUCGAGACUUUGCGAAAAAUCCGGAAGGGUGCAUCCGAUGAGGCGGCAUUAUUGACAUUCAAGAAUAAGCUGAUCUCGACGGCUUGCGAGACACUUCCUGCGAUGCGAGGAACAUGGUGGCACAAAAAGAGCCAGGAAGAAAUAACCUCUCUAUUCGAACGUAUCUGGUGCUUUGGACCGGAAAAGGCCCGCUCCAACAUUAUGUUCAACAACAUACCUGGCUAUGAGAACCGAACUCUUUGGAACCGCGAUGAGUUCCUGCGUCCGCUUGAUAACAGCAUUUGCACGGGAUGGGAACUAUUCUGUGGGGCUGGCCCGCUUGCCAACGAGCCAAUGCGAGGAGUGGCAGUGAUCAUCGAAGAAUGGCGGAUUGAUGAAUCGGACUCGGCAGCUGUCGGCCAACUCGUCACAGCCGUCAAGCAGAGCUGCAAAGCCUCAGCCCAGAAGAAUUCAUUGAGACUUGUCGCUGCCAUGUAUAAAUGCGUGGUGACGACGACGAGCAGCGCCCUCGGCAAGGUACACAUGGUGUUGUCCCAACGCAGGGCUAAGACAUUAUCCGAAGAUAUCAAUGAAGCUACGGGGCUCUUCGAGGUCAACGCCGUUUUGCCAGUCGUCGAAAGUUUCGAUUUUUGCGAGCAAUUGAGGACGAAAACGAGCGGCAUGGCCAGUGGUCAACUAGAAUUCUCCCAUUGGCAAACUGUCGAAGAGGAUCCUUACUGGGUGCCAACGACACAAGACGAAAUCGAGGAGUUUGGCGUGAAAGGAGAUUCGAUUAAUCAUGCAAAAUUAUAUAUGGACACCAUUCGACGGCGCAAGGGUCUCCCCACCGACGACCUGAUCGUCGUCUCUGCGGAGAAACAGCGAAAUCUAAAGAAAAACAAA